CAGCUCCUCGGCGGGGUCCCCCUGGCACCGACGCCGCCUGGGGACGGUCCCCGCCUCGGGCAGGCGCAGCUCAGUGGCUGCUCCCCGGAGCCGGCGCCAGAGCAGGACUCGGAUUCGGAGCUGGCCCGGGAGCCGCAGCCCAUGGAGGAACAUUUUGAUGGGGUACUGGAUGAAGAUACUGUGGCUGAGGCCCUGUACAAACUGGGGCGUUCAGCCCCUGGCACCAAGUUUGUUUACCUUAAUCUGUCACUUUCAGGGCGUAAUUUAAGUGACAUUAGCAUUCUUUCCAGAUACAUUCACCUAGAGAAGUUGGAGCUUUCAUACAAUAAAAUUAAUGAUUUGUCUUGUGUCAGUCACAUGCCUUACUUACUGGAACUUAACGCUUCCAAUAAUAAACUGACUACAUACUUUGAUUUCAAGCCACCUAAAAAUCUCAAGGAGGUGGAUUUUUCAUACAAUCAAAUACCUGAAAUGCGAGAUCUGUCCGCGUACCAGUCACUUAUUAAACUCACACUGGACCAUAAUAAUAUAGAGGAGAUCAAAGGGCUAGAGAAGUGCCAUAGUUUGACUUAUCUUAGCUUGGCCCACAACAAGAUCACGACAAUCAGUGGUUUGAAAAACUUACCUGUCAAAAUACUGUGUCUGUGCUCUAACCAGAUUGAGAAGAUAACCGGUUUGGAAGACCUGAAAGUCCUCCAGAACUUGGACUUGUCCAGUAAUAAAAUCAGUAGCUUAGAAGGUUUGGAGGAGCAUGAGCUACUAGAAGUGAUCAACCUAGAAAAUAAUCAGAUUUCUGAACUGGGUGAGCUGGAAUAUAUUGAAGACUCUCUCCUCAGAGUGCUCAAUCUGUUAAGAAACCCAGUACAGGAACAAACAGAUUGGCUCUGGUGAUUUUUCAUGUUGCUCCGACUAACAGAGCUGGAUCACAGGAAGAUUAAAGUGGAAGAAAAGGUUGCUGCUGUGAACAAGUAUGAUCCUCCUCCAGAAGUAGUUGCUGCUAAAGAUCACAUGACCCAUGUUAUGUACAGCAUGAUUCAGCCACAGAGGAUCUUUGACAGCACUUUGCCUAGUCUUGAUGCUCCCUACCCCAUGUUAAUAUUAGUUGGACCCGUGGCCUGUGGAAAGCGGGAACUUUGUCACAGAAUCUGCAGACAGUUCAACAAUUUCUUCAGAUACAGCCCCUGUCACACCACGAGGGCAUCUUACUUUGGAGAAGACAACAGACUUGAUUACUACUUCAUUUCUCAGGAGGUGUUUGACAAUAUGUUGAACAUGGGGAAAUUUAUUGCAACCUAUAAAUACAGCGGCCACUACUAUGGAUUAGGAAGAGAUACUGUAGAAUCCAUUGCCAGAGAGGGACUGGCAAGCUGUGUUCAUUUGGAAAUAGAGGGUGUGCAAAGUUUAAAAAAUACCUACUUUGAACCUCGAUAUAUCCUGUUAGUACCAAUGAACAAAGAAAAAUAUGAGGGACAUCUGCGGAGAAAGGGGCUGUUUAGCAGGCCAGAGAUUGAAACUGCAGUCUCCAGAGUGGACAUGUAUAUCAAAAUAAAUCAGGAUUUUCCAGGAUACUUUGAUGCGGUAAUUAACACAGAUGAUUACGAUGAGGCAUACACACAGCUGAGUCUCCUCAUAAAGGAAUACCUAGGUAUGAUACAGACUUCAGAUUUGGACAGCAGUUGGGUCUUGGACGACAAAGCAUUCACAGAUUCCAGCUCACUGUCUUUUGGAGAUCACAAAGCUUUAACCAGUGGAGGGACCAUUAGAAUUGUCCAGCCUUCUGACAUCAAUGAAUUUUCGGACUCUUCAGCCAAAAACUACUCUGCUAGAAUCUCAGCCAAACUUGCUGCACAAAAGACCCCAGUGGAGGAAGCAUCUCUGCAGAGGCGGCAAUGUACAGCACGUCAGGCGCUGUUGGGGAAGGCUCCUAGUGCAUAUGCCCAACUGUUUCAAAGGCAUCUUGCAAGUACCCCUGCAGCGAUCAGCCCACACAGAUUACUGGAGCCACCAUCAUAUACCUCUAUGCUCCCAAGUGGAAGUAAUGUCACCCAAGACCAGAGUCUGCCCCCUGCUAGCCCGGACACCAGCUCCAGAGAAUCACGUGCCACUACUGGAUUAUCUAUAAUGUCCUCAGCUGGUGCAUUUUCUACAGAAAGCUUGUCUGCCCGGAGCCCAGUUCCUAGUCCUCGAUACUCCGAAGAAGCCAAUGCAGAAUGUGGGGACACUGGAGGAAUCAGCAAUGGAAUGGAAAGUUUGAAAGACGCUGAACUUUGUAGUGACACUCUUGAAAAAAAAGCCAGCAAAUCCAAGUCCAGUUCUUCUCGUGUGCCCCAGAUUGCAAACCGACCAGGCUCCGACACCAAACCCGUCCUACCUCCAAUCCCAUCAGGGCGGAAAAAGACAAACCCUUGAUGGUUGACAUCAGCUGAGGCAUUGCCCUGAUCAAGCCCCUUUCUGCAGAGGCUUGAUCUAACUUGAAUACUGGUUUUGAUAUAAUUUCACACACACACAAAGAAAAGUCUAUCGAAGGAUAUUAUCUUUCUGAAUCCAUCUCUGAUUAAUUCUGAAUCACUCUUCUCUUUAAAAAAAAGUUUAUUUAUUUAUAACUUUUAUUAAAAAGUACUUUCUGCUUUUCCCAGAGCUAGAAAUGAUUUCCCCAGAUGCUCCCCUACUUGGAAAUGCCACAGAAUUUUCCCCGAGAUUCAUGUGAUCAGACCUUCCAGGGAUAUUUUUUCUAUUUCACUGAUUUAAUUGAGGUGUGGAAGCUUGAAGGCCUCUGAUGAUAAUGUUGCUUAUAGUACAGGACUGCUGAAUUAGUUUUUGCUAAGAGAGAUUUAAUGUGAUACUUAGAUUUAAGUGAGGAAGAGAAACUACUUAAUUCCAAGGCAAUCUUUUAUAGAAGUUAUUUUUAAUAUACAUGUAUAUU